UGGCGGGGCGGGCUCGGCACCCUAGGUACGGCCGUGGACCGGGCCUGGGCGGGGGCAGGGGCCGUGGCAAGAAGCCGGAAGCAGCCGCGGCCCCAGCUCGGGAGACAUGGCGGGCGUUAAAGCUCUUGUGGCAUUAUCCUUCAGUGGGGCUAUUGGGCUGACUUUUCUUAUGCUGGGAUGUGCCUUAGAGGAUUAUGGUGUUUACUGGCCCUUGUUUGUCCUGAUAUUCCAUGCCAUCUCUCCCAUCCCCUAUUUCAUUGCCAAACGAGCAACAUAUGACUCCGAUGCAACAAGUAGUGCCUGUCGGGAACUGGCUUAUUUUUUCACUACCGGAAUUGUUGUUUCUGCCUUUGGAUUUCCUGUUAUUCUUGCUCGUGUGGCCGUGAUCAAGUGGGGAGCCUGUGGCCUGGUGCUGGCAGGCAAUGCAGUGAUUUUCCUUACAAUUCAAGGUUUUUUCCUUGUAUUUGGAAGAGGAGAUGAUUUUAGCUGGGAGCAGUGGUAGCACGUGAUUUAUUCUGAUAAAAUGCAUUUAAUUUCUUAGAAUUCAUACUGUAUGUAUAUGUGUGCACAUGUGGCCUUUUACCAUGAAAUUUAAUACACUGUUUCUUUAUA